ACACUGAGGUUGCUAUCAGAGAGACUGCUAUUCAGCUGCAAUGUGAUAACUUGCUUUGACUUUACCAUCCAAUUCAUACUAAGACGCUGUUUUUAAACCCUCUACUGAACUGUGGUUAGUUCUAGGGGCUGGAUUAUUUUCCUUGUCUUUGUGUUUGCAUGCGCUCCUCUCUCUCGUGACCUGUGGUUUGAAAAACAGGCUUGACAAGAUUUGGAUGCCUGAGUUUGGAUAUAAACAGUGUCGAAAAGCGUGCUUCGGCGUUGAAAAGGCUUUGAGCUUCCUCUUGGUUUCACAGGAGAUUUUGAUUUGCUCACUGUGUUUUUCUUUUUGGAGAAUGACCAUCAACAAUUUCUCAAUUGAAUAUGAUGCUAUCAACAGCAAGAACACCUUCACAAAUGGAGAUACCAUCAGUGGAAGGGUCAUCGUGGAGACUUCUAAGGAAACUAAGAUCCAGUCGCUUAUUUUCAUAGCACAAGGACGAGCCCAGGUUCUCUGGCAUGAACACUACGGGCAAUAUGCGCAUUAUGUGUACUGGGCUAAUGAGAAAUACUAUGAUGUGAAACAUUAUAUGUUAAGAGAGGCAAGAGAAGAUGGCACUGAAGUCAUCGGGAAAGGAAGACAUGUGUUUCCUUUUUCCUUCAAAAUUCCUGACAGGAAAAUCCCAUCAUCUUUCAAAGACAGUGUGGGCAGAGUUGUUCACAAGUUGAAGGCGGAGCUGAAACAGUCAAUGAAGCUGACGAUAAAGGCCAAAACUCACUUCACAUUUGUGCCCAAAGCAGACAUGGACAUUCCUGGACUUAUGGAACCUCAGUAUGGUUCCAAGGAUAAAUCUCUCUCGGUUUUUGGCUCUGGGAAGGUUUGGAUGGAUGUUCACACCAAGUGCAUGGGAUACAAGCAAGGCAAGGAUCUCCAAGUCAAAGUCGAGAUCAGGAACCACUCGACUCGUCCAGUGAAGCCCAAAUUCCUGCUGUAUGAGAAGAAGAGUUACUUUGCCCAGGGUCAUAGGAAAGUUUGCACAAAUAAGAUCCUUAAGGAGAAGAUCGAGGCUAUUGCACCUUCCAGCAAUAAGACUGUGACCCAGGUGAUCACCAUCCCCAGGGAACUGCCUCCCUCCAUCUUGAACUGCUCUAUCUUCAAGUUGGAGUACAGGCUGAAGAUACAUCUGAAUAUAAAAUGUGCUUCGAACCCAGAGAUCAAGUUCCCGAUAGUCGUCCUACCUGCCUUUGAGGUUCCUACUGAGAAACAACCACCUCCAUCCGCUGGCUUUGGAUUUGAGGCUUUCAGGAGCCCAGAUCAAGCACUCGGGAGCAUGGCAUUACGACAACCACCGGCACCAGGACAACAACCUGUACCACGAUUACAAGUAGCACCCCAACCUGUGGAUCCACCACCUGCCUAUGAAGCACACACAAUGUACCCCUCCUAUCCUGACUCUGGCAAAUAUUAGUAUGCACUGUAUAUAAGCCACAAAUUGUGCAUCGCCCUCAAGAUUCCUCAUGUUAAGUUGAGAGAAGUGUCAAAACUGAUGUAAUAAAACCAAAGACAUGUUCUUUUUCUAUUCCAUGCAUUCUCCAAACUUCCCUCCUCAAAACCUGGUGCCUGUAUUACCCACGAUGCAACUCGACCAACAGUUGAAGCAGUUUGCCCCCUCUGGAGCCACAGAAGGGUUUAUACAACUUGCCUCACAUACUGUAUGCAACAACGGCUCUCUGGACCUGUGAACAGCCUUUAAUCUGUCAUGUUUCACUUCCUGUAUUGAGACUCAGCAUUCUGGCAUCACAUCACAGCUGGAAUAAAUGAGGCUGAGAUGAACUACUUACAAAGCAAACUAUUAUACAAAUUGUAUUUAUUUAAUGUCCACAGAAAAAAUGCACAAGUUUUCUAUUGUCUGUAUAGUCGUCGUUGUUGUCGGGCAAAUAAUUAUAUACAGCUCUCACUGAGCCCUGAGUGUUAAAUGUUACCUCAUUAUGAAAUCAAUACACAAAUAAAUUGUGCAGAAUAUGUGAUUGUGCCUGUAAUUGUGAUUGUCCCAAAAUAAGAUUUUAUUGUUCUUAAUUGAAUAAAUCAUUUUGUAGAUGUUUUUAA